AUGGCCGCUAGUGAUGGGACAGGGCGAUGGGCACAAUAUAUCGGUCGGUUGGCUCCAUUUCGUCUGCCUCAAUCCCCCCGCCAACCUCAAAGUUGGCGCCCGCUGGCUCUGCGCCCGCCAUACCUGGUUUCCCUGAUAUCCUUGAUCUUGAUGAUGCUACUGGCCUUGGAAGCACUGCGACAAUAUAGCAAUCGUGAAGGAGGUUUGGUGUUUUUUGCCUACACCGAGGAUGUGUCCGCCGUACAAUCUUUUGCCUACAACUACCUACCGAUAAUUGUGUCCCUCGUGCUUUCCUUGGUUUGGACUGUCACCGAUUUCGAUGUCCUUCGCCUGGAACCAUACUUUCAGCUAUCUCGACCCGAGGGAGCACCCGCGACCGUGCUGUUCAUUAACUACAACUUUGGCCAAACCAUUCUCACCCCGAUCAAUGCUGCAAUUCGCCGCCACUGGGCCGUCCUUUGGAUCUCUUUUGUGACUCUUUCUAUUCGAAUUAUUCUUCCCGCGCUACAAAGUACGGUGUUGGAGCUACGCGAAGUUACGGUUGUCGACCAUGGAUCCAUAAAAAGCUGGCCCAACCUGGUAGACUUGAGAACACAAGCGAAUUGGAUGGCAACACAGGCCAACAACACACUUGACUCCGUGCUUUCAUCGAAUGAACAAAUGCGCCGAUCAAGGUCUUCCAAAUACGCCGUAGCGCCAGUGGAAAUCUCUGAUAGCGAUCAUGAGGAAAGCACAAUAUGGACUCUGGAUCAGACGUUGUAUUGGGCCCAACUUGAUUGUCAAAACGUCCCCAUUGAAGACAAACUUACCGUUGCUAUCCAUGAUCCUGAGGCGUCAUAUCCAACAAUGUCAUGGAACGCCACUGGCAUCAAUUUAAACGACACAUAUGGUGGCGCCACAAAAUGCGCUCUUGAUUUUCAAUACGACACUGUCUUCUUCUCUACCUCUGACUACAUGCAAGUACGGUAUUGGGAGCCGGUGAUCACUGCUACCGCCAAAGAAGCGUAUCCGAACCGAACCCAGGCCUUUACGGCAUCUGGCUGCGAUCCGUACGAUCUUUAUGGUAUACUCAUCGGAGUAAAUGUGACUACCUCCGAGUCUAAUUCGACUAAAUACUCCGCAUCUGGUCUUGCCUUUGCUUGUGACAUCAUUUACCAGAAAGCGGAAGCCCUUGUAUCUAUGCACUCUAACAGCUCUAUCAUCUCUAUUGAGGUUGAUCGGGCUACCACUCGUGUCCUCACUCCAGCUGAAUUCAACAUUCGUCACUUUCAGGCACUGUUGUCCCAACGCGCUCCCUACACUAGCGACAUGCUCUUCAUUCGUGAGAAUCCUACCACUGGAACCCGCACAGUGACUGAACUACCCAUCAUUAGCCAGGAGUUAGGAGACUUCCAGCCUGUGGUCGUGCUUGACACAUCGAAUAUCAUGACAGAAGCCGAAUUUGCCUCAAAGGUUGAGCGCGAUGUAAAGCAGACUUUUGUGCUCACACUCAGUCGCCUGUUUGAUCCUGAUAGGUCACCCAUCACUAUCUCAGCCGCACGCUUUUCGAAUCAAGUCGCCAUCGCCAUUGUCGAUUUUGCUGCGCUUUGGUCCGAGCUCAUUCUUGGCCUGGCUGCCUUCACUGCAUUUUAUCUCCUUUUUAUCCAUCGUGCGCGUCAUCUAUUUCUUCAAAGCGAUCCAGGAUCUAUUGGUGCCAUGUGCAGUAUAACUGCUGAUAUUUUUCACCCUUCCAACAUCCUCGCGGAACCAGUGGUGGAAUUCCAUCAAUUCUCCACUCGUCAACUUCGUCGUAUCUUUAAAAACGCUCGUUGUUAUUGGCGGCCGGGUCCUUCUGGCAACCGACUAGAGAUUCUUGCUGAAGAUGGCUCACCCGUCCAGCUUCAAGAGAACCUCAAGACUCGUGCCGAUCCCAUGCCUCAUUUUCUCAUGAUACCCGUUUUCCUUAUUGAAUUCCUAGCACUAGCUGCAGUAAUCAUUCUCAUCGGACUAGUGGUUUCAUCUCUGCUUCGAGACGGCCGGUUCCGCCACCUGAACCAAUCUGACUCAAGCUCGUUUCAGGUUGUUCUUUCGUUUUUACCUUCUGUUGUCGCUUCAUCUGUGGGAGCUUUAUGUACCUCGAUUCACCGAAAUCUGAGUGUUUUGGAGCCUUGGGUCCACCUGCAACGAGGCAAUGCUUCGGCGCGGACUUCGUUGUCACUGAACUAUUCAUCCCAAAGUCCGAUCGCCAUUUUUUUCAAGGCAAUUCGUGACCGCCAUGCCUUAUUGUGUCUUGUAUCAGUUGCGUGUGUCGUUAACAUGGCUCUGACUGUGGUCGCGGGUGGACUUUUCACGCAACAACUGACAACGUCUACUUUGGACACGAACGACUUGACGAUGAACUAUAGCCAGUCUACUUUUUGGCAGACUGACUUCGCUGCUCAAUUUACUGAGUACGACCUGAUUCAGACUAGUAUCACCAGUGGGGUGUCCAUGCUCUCCUGGACGAGCCCAAAUCAGUCUUUCGUCCCAAUACAUGUGAAUGAUCGCAGCCCGGAUGUGACUUAUGGCGCCUCAACCCUUGGUGUUGGCACUGAGCUCAAGUGCCACCCCCUUUCAUCUGACGCCCUUGUCUAUGAUAAAUCUACUGCUAGUCAUAGUUGGCGGUAUGCUUUGUUUGAGAAUUCCUCGAUUGAAUGCAUGGCACAUAUGCCAGCCUUGAAAAGUAGGGAGGAAGGAAUUGCCCUGUCCAUUCAUUUCCUUUCUCCAGAUGAGGUGGACGAAUCGGAUAUCUGCCAGACCUCGACGGUCCUAGUAGUUGGCCGUUGGAAUUAUCUACCGGACACCGCGAUCACGGAUAACAACACCAUCGCAUUACAUUGCGAACCUCGGACCAGGUUGCAACAGUAUUCGAUCCUUUUCGACCAAAAGGGUCAGAUUGGAUGGCAUCAACCUGUCCGAAAUACGACUAUCACUCAAGGGACCAUGUAUGACAAUGCGACCGUGAGUCUCGGUCAGUUCAAUAAAGCCUUUGCUGCCAUUCCAAGCAACUAUGUGGGAAAUACCACCAUGCAGAAAGGAACAUACAACAUCUCCUCCUACGACUGGGCAGGUUUCCUUGUGGCCCGUCUCUACCAGCGCGAAGACCCUGAGUUUAUCUCCCUGGAUUCCGGUCUCCUGUCAAACAUGACUCAGACUGUAUAUCAAUGGGUGUAUAGCACCUAUUUCACGAUUUGGCGCGACAUAUAUCUCGACCCUCUGACUGAUCCAGUCCCGGCCGCAAAUGCCACAAUCACCCGCAGUACUUGGUGCAUGGUCCCGUCGGGUCCCUCGCUUGCCAUUGCCCUGGCGAUCAUUAUCUUCGACGCGAUAGUUGUGCUAUUGGUGUUCGGAACACGACGUGGCCGCUUCCGUGGACCCAGAAUGCCGCGCUCCAUCGGAGCCAUCAUUCCUUGGAUUUCGCAUAGUCAAAUGCUUCAUGACUUUACCGACACACAUACCUGGAGCAAUGCCCAACGACAUGCUCAUCUCACUGCUUUGAAUAAACGAUACGCCUUCCGUAUGUUUAUGGGUGCUGACAAUCGCUGGAGAUUCGCCGUCGAUCAGGAAUCGGAGGAUACUAAACUCACCGAUUCCCCGCCCGGCAGUCCAGAUGGGGAAGUCGACAAGGCUGCCUCGAUUCAGCUGCAGGAGAUCCGCAAUUCACCUCCCCCACCUCAGAACUGA